AUGGCGGCGUCAAACAGUCAGUUACUGCCGUUGACAGCGACCGAUACGCCACCCAAGGCGGCGGCGGAGGAGAAAAUCUUCAAAGGAUCUGUCAUGACUAAGCGCGGAGCCUACGCUGCUAUAUCUUACAUGGCCUGUGCUGUGCUCUUAGUGUUGUUCAACAAAGCAGCUCUUUCUUCAUACAACUUCCCAUGCGCCAAUGUUAUCACGCUUUGUCAGAUGAUAUGUUCGUGCAGUUUCCUGUAUGCGUUACGCCGAGGGAAACUUAUUUCAUUUUACGCGAAUGAAUCCCCUUCAGUAGCCGAUAAUUUCAAAACCUUUGUACCUUUAAGGACACUAAUUGAUACCUCACCGCUUGCUUUGACAUAUCUGCUUUACAUGCUAGCUAGUAUGGAGUCUGUCCGAGGAGUGAAUGUUCCCAUGUACACAACUCUACGGAGGACCACUGUGGUGUUUACAAUGAUUGUGGAGUAUAUCCUGGCGAGGCAGAAGUAUACCCCUCCAAUUAUUGGAAGUGUGGCAUUGAUCGUAUUUGGUGCAUUUGUUGCGGGAGCUCGAGACCUUUCCUUUGACUCCUAUGGCUACCUGGUUGUAUUCCUCUCCAACAUCUCUACUGCAAUAUACCUAGCAACCAUAGCACGUAUUGGAAAAUCUAGUGGCCUCAACAGUUUUGGUCUUAUGUGGUGUAAUGGUAUUCUUUGUGGGCCAGUAUUAUUGAUAUGGACAUUCCUUCGAGGAGACCUGGAGAUGACCAUGAAUUUUCCAUAUCUGCUUUCUCCUGGAUUCCUGGUUGUGCUGCUUCUAUCUUGCAUACUUGCUUUCUUCUUGAACUACAGCGUUUUCCUGAACACCACUCUCAAUUCAGCACUGACCCAGACAAUCUGUGGCAAUAUGAAGGACCUUUUCACCAUUACUCUGGGAUGGAUAAUUUUUGGUGGGCUUCCUUUCGACAUUUUGAAUGUUCUUGGACAGCUUCUUGGAUUCUUUGGGUCUGGUUUAUACGCAUACUAUAAGCUCAUUGGGAAGUAA